ACGGCGGGCGAAGCAGUCGAGCUUGUGUAGGCCAGCAGGGCGAAGCAGCUGGCUUCGAUCCCUCUCUCACUCCUCUCUCUCUCCUUCACUCAGCAGAGUUUUGCACCCCUGCCUGCGUGCUCCACCCUUGUUUCGCUCAGCUGUGUGCCGCUGGAUGCCUCGAGCGACGGUGCUGCCCGACCUUCUGUGAUCUCGACCUUCAGGCAUCAGGGUGCCCACUCGACAACUCAGAAAAGGAGACAACAGUGUCGGUUAAAAGGAAUGGUUCCAGCAUGGCCGCCACCGCGGCUGCUUUCCCCGCCGCUGCUGCUGCUGGUGGCCGUGGCCGCCUUUGCCACCGCCUGCCGGAUCUCAGAGUUCCAGUGCCGAAAUGGACGCUGCGUCCAACUGGACCGUUACUGCGAUGCCCACGACGAUUGCGGCGACAGUAGCGACGAGCCCAAAUUCUGCACUGCGUGCAACCGGACGUACUACGGUGACGUGGGCAAGACGUACGAGCUGGAGCUGCAGAAGCCCCAAGAGAACCGGCUGCCCUUCCUCUGUCACCUCACCUUCACAGCCAACGGUCACAUCCAUGGCGACUUGGUUCAGUUGAUCUUCGACGCGUUCCAAGUGGGGCGGUAUGAGGUGUCCUCAUUUGAUGGCUGUCCCGACGGCUCGAUGCAGUUGUCCGAACUGGGCCGGCCCUUCACCGGCGGCUCGUGGUGCGGCUCGUCGAGUGCGCCAGGCGGCCAAAACAUUUACUACAGCGAGACCAGCACGGUGACCCUGUCGAUCCGGCUGUACCCUGGCCUCAGGUCGUCGACCUCGCCGUUCGAAUUCCGGCUCAGGUACAAGUUCAUCAGCCACGAGAACGCCGUGGUGCGCUUCGGGCCCCCAGGGGCGCCGCUCGAGCGGGGCACCCCCGUGCCGGGCACCUACUGUAGCCGCAACUACGACGAGUGCGACCGGCGCAGGUGCCGCUUGCAGUCGCCAAAUUACCCUGGCAUCUACCCUCGCAAUGUCACCUGCUACCUGAUCAUCCGCCAAAAGAACCCGCCAAACUGCAAACACGCUAUGAUCGCUGUCAGACAGGAGGGCACGCACAAGAUGCACAUAAAGCGGCGCUCGGUGGACAACGCCACGAUGCUGGCGUCGCCGUCCUCCGUUAGUGGCGCCUUGCGUGCGUGGAAAGACUGCACCAGCGACAAGGACCACCUGAUCUUCUACGACGGCCACACCACCAACGACCCUGUGCUGGUCAAGUUCUGCGGCGGCGACUGGCUGCCGCCCAUCGUCACCAGGGGCCCGCAGAUGCUGGUCGCGUUCCACUCGUCGCCGUUCAGCGCGCCGCUCAACGACGCGCCAACCUCUGCCCUCUCGCUCAAGGGCUUCGAGCUCGACGUCGACGUCAUUUUUGUCGACUCGGACUCGUUCGACUUCUCCAAGGAUGCUGUCAAGUGCGAAUUCUGGAUAAACGCAACGAAGAGUAUGUUGCCUGAGGACGACUCGGAGAUGGCGCAGGAGCGACCGCUCGAGUUCGGCGACGAUUCGGGCGGCCCGCGGCGGCCAGACUCGCGUACGCUGCGUGGCGGCGUGAUCAACAGCCCGCGGCACACGCUGUCGCCGAACACGACGUGCCACUACCACUUCGUCGGGCGGCCCGGCGACCGCGUGUGGAUUGCCUUCGAGUCGUAUUGGCACCAGUCACUGCUGCCGCCGCCGGGCGACCCCAUGCCACUGCCUCCGCCCUCCAAGGUGGCGGCCAAGCAGUACAAACCGACAACCACCACCACGACGACCACCACGCCAGCGCCAAAAAAGGGGAAGAAGAACCAGUGCGCCUCCUGGCUAAAGGUGUGGGAGCCGGGGUCGGCGAAGGCGAUGGCAGAGCACUGCGACACGUCACCCAAGCUGUGCGACCACGCGAUGCUGGCUAACUCGUCGCGCAUCAUGCGCACGUGCGGCCCACACGAAAGCUACUUGUCAGUGGACAAGAACCUGCAGAUGGAGCACAAGACGCUGCCGGGCACGGCGCUCUACCCGUCCAAUUUCCGACUGCGCUACGAAUUCGUGGACACGCGGCUGGCUGGCGAACUGUGGAAGGGCUCCGUACCGCCCGGCGAUCACUCGCCUCGCUGCACGCGCAUCCUCAGGCAGCCGCCGGUCAACUUCACCUCGCCCAAGAACGUCUUCCUCUUCGGCAGGGGCGGCAGCGCCAACCUGUCGUGCGUCUACAGGCUAGAAGCGCCGCACGGCAGGGCUGUCAAGGUUACUCUGAAGCGGACGUCCUUCGGCGACGACUCGCCCGGCAGGUGCGUCACCCGCCCUGAUCCGUACAACAACCGGCCCAGGUGCGUCAACGUCCAGCCAGAGUCGGACGGCCGCUGGGCGGAACUCAGGAUCAUCGAGGUGCCGUGGCGCGAUGUGCGGGCGCCACACGCGUGUGUUUGUGACAACUCGAGUGUCGGCAUGGAGUACGAAACGUCGUCGCGGGUGCUCGAGCUGCAUCUGGUGGUGAAGGGGAUGACACCGAAUGAGGACUUUGACGACUUCCACUUUGAGGCCUUCUUCGACACGGUGCCGACGGGCAGCGGCGGCGGAGACUGCGCUAAGGACCACCGCGGCAAGGGCACCGGCGGCGAGGUCACCUUCCACGGCCCGCCGGUGCCGCCCACCAUGGCGCCAGGUGGCGCCGAGCCGACCCGGGCGCCGCUGCUGCGCACCAAGUCGCUUGGUUGUGGGCACUUACCGUGGUUGCUCGAGGCUGAGGACAAACACAGCCUCUUCCUGCUCACCUGGGGCACCCUGCUGCCUCUCGAUCCCUCUCAGGUUGUGGGUGGAGUCGCCGACAACGAGAUCUCAAAGUGCACCACACAGAAUCGCAUUCUCAUUUACACCGGUAGACCAGCCAGACUGAUCCGCGUCGUGUGUCCCGUGGCGCCGCAUUCGGUGCAGUACGCGAUCAACGUGUACACGGAUGAGUGGUGGGGCGCCGACAGCCUCCUGCUCUCCUCCCUGCCAGCGGCCGUCCAGCCGCAGCAGGGCGGCGCCUUCCUCGAGCCCUCGAGGCCGCCGCUCUUCCUCGUCGAGUUUGUCGGCAGGGAGCCUGGCACGCACGGCAUCCAGUGGCUCGACGUGACUAAAGUUCGGUCAACCAGUGCUGCCCUCUUGCAGCCUCCAUCAGACCCGUCGCUGAGCCCGUUCUUCUACUACUCGGCGGAGAACUCGAGCGACACCGGCAGUGAAUGUCCGUUCCGGUGUCCCGAGCUGGACGCGUGCAUCAGCGGGGCGCUAUGGUGCGACGGCCAGGUCAACUGUCCGAGCGGUUACGACGAGAACGACGCCAACUGCGAGGCGUACUCGAUGACCUGGGCCUACAUCUACAUGAUCGUGGGUGUGGCUGUGCUGACCGUGUCGUGCGUGUCGUGCGCAAUUUGCGGCCUGAUGACGGCCAACCGGCGGCGGCAGUACGAGAAGCGGCGUAGGAAAGAGGACACGGACUCGUCCUACAUGGGCACCAUCCGCAGCAUCCGCAGCCGCACGACAACCGAGGACUUCAUGUUCGACCCAUCCUGACAAAACGACCCGCGACGCGCCCAGUCGGUCGAGUACAUCCGCGUGGAGCACGAGACCACCGUCUAGGAGCGAGCGUCGCACUCCGACAGGACACAACACCAACUGUUGCUUACAGCCCUCCCUCCUCUUGUGUGAUUUUGGUGCUCUAUCUACGCGGUAUUCGGACUUCUCUCUCUCUCUCACACACACACACACUCACACGACAGCUCAACAAGCCAAGUGAUUGACCAUUUAGUGACUGCUUUCCGAGCGCAGUGUUCCUCUGCUUUCUUUCCUCGCUUUGGUUCACAGUUUUGGCGUCCACUUCGCCAGCCACCCGAGUCCGCAGGGUCCGAAGAGGAGAACCUUGUAAAGCCGUGACAGUCCGGUUGAUGUUUAUUGUUUUCUAUACAUGUCUGGUGUCGUUUUCAUUUCCGGCUUCUGACUCUGCGAACUCGGGCAACUGGCACAUUCCUGGCCUCGCGGUGCUGGGUUUUACAUGUCUGGAGACUGAUCCUCUGACCUUGAGUGUGCGUUGACUGAAGUGAAACUAAUUUGAACAAAAUUGUUCCGUUGCACGGGCAUUUAGUCACUUCAGCUACUAGAAAUGAUCGGUCUCCCGCACAAGACUCCUAGAGCGAUUGCCCGAGAACAACUGAUCCAAUUCAGAAUCAAAAUGUGGCCAGUCUUUUGGCCCCAAUCGUUUUCCUCCCUUUGAACUCGGGACCUUCGACCUAGGACGUACGAGUUGUCUGUUGAUUGCUGUUUUCGGAGAACAAUUUCUCCGGGUAGUACGAGAAUCAUCAAUCGCCCUUCCUUAAUUGCGAACCGCAUUGCUGCGACGUAUACGCUUCUUUUCCGUGGAGGUAUUAUACAUUGUUAAAAAGCCUCUAUUGUGUACAGUUGGCGAGCAAAAAGAUUAAUAGCGGAGAAACGAGCAGGAAAUGCCAAAUUAGUUGAUAAAUGUUCUACGACGAAAGCCUCACAGACACACACACACAUGCAUACACACACAUUCUCACGCGCACACAACACACUUACACGACCCUCCAAAGAAGUUAGACCAACUCUAGGUGGUAAAACUGAAGUGCACCAAUUUACUUAGCGGUAGAUACAAAGUUUCAAUAAAACGGGACGACAAAAAGAUGAUGAGACGACACUCACUACAUUUUCUAAGAAAAGCUCAAUUAAAAUACGAUUUAAAUACUGCUGUUGUUCAAUAUAAAAUAAAUUAGAACACUAAAGGGGACGAAAAAGGAUCGUCUAUCUGUUGUUUGUUCAUUUUAAAGGCCGGAGGAGAGAUUGCACGUGUUGGUUGGUUGGUUGGGUGUGGAUGCGCAUUGUCUUUGAAACGCGAUUUCACGUCACUUAGUGGAAUGCAGUGCAGACACGGCUUUUAAUUUCACUAAGCGGGCCGCGCGCGCGAAUCGUGAAACUAGCAAUUUGUUCUGUGAAUGUGUUGACAUGGUGCUCACUGUCUCGAAUCUAAAUAUUAAGCAAAGCAUAUAAAAACAAUCCUCCGCAGUUGCUGGAACAAAUCCUUUGUGCGUGCCAAAACUCCAUUUUUCCCUUGCGGUUGUGAGUGACGGAGACAAUUGAACGAUAGACUGAACUUUAGAGAUACACACACAUACACUCACCUGGCGUCACGCGCAAACCUGCUCCAUUCCUCCUUCAUCUUAUCACACGGCGUAAUUUCGACUUGCAAUUUCACGAGGCAAACAAGAGUGGCUGCCGAGGCGAGUUCCAUUGUUUCAUGACUGAUGCUGUUCUCUUACUCUCUGCACCACGACGAGCGAGGAAUUCGCGGUAAAGCUAGGGAAGAAAAGGACUGUGGUAGAUAACAUGCGGCUGCCGACGAUUUGGUUCAACUAGACUUAUCUCGGAGCAUGGAAUACGGUCUUUAGUUCUCACACUCAACCCGGUUUUAGUAAUAAAACCAUUAAAUUAAAAUCUUUUUGUUUACAGUCUCUACUAAAUUUACUGAAUUUCAUUCCUUUUAUAUAAAUAUCCUGGCCGGGAGCUGUUGAGGUGAAUUAAUAAUAAUUUAUAUUUCUGGUUUAAAACCAACUGUUUUUGCUGUUCACCAUGGUGUGUUAAGAAAUGCCAACUUUGUUAUUUUAUUCCGGUAAGAUUCAGACACAAACAAGACUCGCGUGUAUUGGUUUGGACCGAAUAAUUAAUAAGAAAUGAAGAACUCAAAAAUUUGCCAAUCGAUAGUUAACUUGGUAAAGCAACAAGAUUUAUUGUUAUCCACAUACGAUGAAGGCAAUUAUUACCAUUAUUAGCCGAGUAGUUUAAUGGCAGAGUUUAAAAUUAACUCCUGUUGAAUUAAUAUGUUUAGGGCGCGCGGCGAGAAGAGAUUUUACGAGCACACAAACACGUUCACGCCGACAUGCAAGAGUUUAUGUUGAUCUCUCAUCUCUCACACACCACAACAUGUAUAUCCAUAUUGUGUGAACGACGGACGAGACAGAAAAUAUGCGAUAUAUCAGAGGCCAUUUGUACAUAAAAGAGCGAUGGAAUAAAGAUUAAUUCUGUUGAUCCUGAAUUAAA